CCAAGUGGCGCAAUCGUCCUCUUGCAUGAGUCAACCUGACUGCCCUUCAGCCACUCGGCGAUUAGCAAAAUGGCCCGAAUGACUCCUUUAUGCUCCUAGGUCCGUCUUAUCUGCAGCACGGCCGACUAUUUAAUCCCCCAGAUUUCAAUCGGGUCAUUAACUCCUCUGAUUUCAAGUCCGCUGGGAAAACUUGUGCUGGACUUCAGAAGAAGUUCUUGGGCGAAGACACUUGGAGGCAAAGAAGAUCAUGGCUUUCUCCACUUCUGAGCUGGAUGAGACCUUUGACUACUUGUUCAAGAUCAUUCUUAUUGGAGAUUCAAAUGUCGGAAAGACAUGCGUGGUGCAUCGUUUCAAAUUAGGGCAAUACAGUGUGAAGCAGCAGAACACUAUUGGGGUGGACUUCACAGUACGCUCCUUGGAGAUAGAUGGUAAGAAGGUCAAGAUCCAGGUGUGGGACACAGCAGGCCAAGAACGCUUCCGCACAAUCACUCAGAGUUAUUAUCGUAGUGCCCACGGGGCUAUUCUUGCCUACGAUAUGACAAGGAAGUCCACGUUUGAGUCUAUCCCUCAUUGGAUUCAUGAGAUUGAAAAGUAUGGUGCAGCUAACUUGGUCUUGAUGUUGAUUGGGAACAAAUCUGAUGAAACAGAGAAGCGCCAAGUCCUGUUUGAAGAUGCUUGCACGCUAGCUGAGAAGCAUGGUCUGCUGGCUGUAUUGGAGACCUCAGCCAAAGAGGCCCAAAAUGUUGACGAAGUCUUCAUCCUAAUGGCUAAAGAGCUCUUGGCAAGAAAUGCCUUGCAGCUAGGUGCGGAGAAUGGGCCCGCAAGCAGCAUUUAUCUAGACACCAGGCCAGUGAUUCCCAUUCAACCUGACAAGUCUGACUGCUCCUGUUGAGAAGAAGCUUCACGGAAAAGAAACUUUGGUCAUUCCAGUGGUCCACGUUGCUUGAGAGUUUUCUGUCUAGCCUUGGCUUGUGUCCUGGUGUGCAUAUCAGCCACACAAUGCUGACCUGUUCUGCCAUUCAUUGUCGCCAUGGCCAAAGCAGAUUGUGAUGGUCAAAACUGGCAGUGCUACCCUGCAAUGGAGGAAAGGGUCUCUUGGAUGCAACUUGUUCAUCAGAAAGGAACUGUGAAGAGUUUUAACAAGAAUAAGGCAGCAUUGAACAUAGCCAUCAAGAUGACAGUCCUAUUGAGUUGGUCUUAAUUUCCAGUGAUAGCUGCAAGAAACAGUAUGGUCACUUAUCUAGCAUCCAGUUUUUGUUUGUGUACUGCUCAGAGCUGCAUACUUGCAUUACGUAUCACUCAGCCGACUCCUAAGAGGUCUAGUAAUGUCAUAGUAGUGUAGUAAACCUGACUGAUUUGCCAGUUUCCUUUGACUCAUCAUCCACUUAAUUUAACUAAUUAUUUAGCGUUUUUAUAGCGUAAUUUCUUCACAGUUAAUUGUUGGAGGUGACUAGCUCCUUUAAACCUAUUGGCACCAAUUCAGUCUCUUCCUUAGCAGUGCUUUAGUUUUGGAUGUAAAGAACUGCUAAAACUGUUGACCAUUUCCCUGUCCCUUGCUUAGCUAAUGUUAAACUUCAAAGUGAUUGCAUCUGUGUUUUUUCUCUAUGUGCAAAAACAACUUGGAACUUGUUCAGCACGUUUGAUAAGGAUUGAACAGCACUGUUUUUUUGAAAACAAAUCUCUCACACAGUGAGCUGCAGCUACUAGGACGCUUUGCAACGGCUACAUGUAAACUAUUUUUCUGCCCACCCAGUGGUGACUAAUGCUGUUACUAAAUUCUGUUAGAUUCGAUUGCAGUGGGUGUAUGAAAGUAUCUCCUGUGGUUCCUGUUUGAAAAUUACUCAGAUUCAGGACACAUGGAUUUCCUUCAGGAGUGGUGGCUGGUACAGUUUGAUUUUGUAAUGUUUGCUGAUUUUGAUAAUGAGAGAGCUGCAUAAGAAACUGAUCUUUUUCUGAACUGUUUUAGUGGUCAUCAGCAGAUGCCUUGCUGAUGUUUGUAUCUUGCAGUCUCAGUUUACUAGGGAAUAUGACAAAAGCAAAAGAAAAGUGUCCUAAUGCAUAAGAAAAGGGUUGGGGUACUUGUUCCCAAAGCUGAUACCUACUCUGUUGAAAUGCGGCGCUUGUAAUGUAGUCAUCUCCUUCUCAGUCACUCAUUCCUAAAAAGGAAUUUGUUACCUAUAAAGGCUCUCUAAUCGGUGUCUAAUCCCUACAAAGGGUGCAUAUUAAAAUCAAAAUGAUCCCCUUUCUUUAAAUGCACUCUAUAACAAUACUUACAUCAAAAGGGGAACAAUUCUAAUGUUACUAUAGCUGCAGUUGAGGUAUAAUAAUAGAAUAUGGAGAGACCACUGAAGUGUGUAGUUAGCAAUUGUAGGGAUCUUAUAGCCAGAAACUAACAUUGUCAAGUCAUCACUACAGCGAACAAGUAGCUGAGUUUGUACUAAGUCUACCCUUUCUUUCAAAAGCCCAAAAAUACAUGGGCAAGUACUGUUUUGCUGUUUGGUUAACUUUAGUACACUUUUAUAUUAAAACUUUUCUAUUAAAACUUUA